AAUUCCAAUAUUACCCUCAAUUACAAAAAAAAGCCCUAGAUCUAAGUUUCCUUUUCAUUUUCUUUCUUCUUCUUCCUUCUAGAUCUGUUUAUCUCCUCUUUUCUUUCCUCCAUCUCUGCACACAUUUCUCCACCAUUUCAGUAGCUAACGUGAGUCAUAAUGUGCGAGGGUGCUAUCCCAAAACUCGGUACCACCAUCCACAUCUCCGCGCUCGAUGGGAUCAUCAACGUUAACUCCCUUUUCACGCUAGCCGUGUUCAUCGGGCUAGCUUGGAACCCACAUGAUCAAGGUAAUAGUCUCUCUCAGGACUCGAGUUGUAUCGCGGAGCCCAAGGUUGUGGAGGACCUUGUAGCCUUUCAUGUGUACUCAUUUAGUUGUUUCCUCUUUUCUAGCCUCAUUGCCUUGUGUCUUAAGCAAGCUAUUCGUCUGGCUAAGUCAGCACACUUCCCAACCGUCUUCACGGUUGACUUAGCCCUAAUCAACAAAACCGCCCUACGGGUCGGGUACUUGGUCUCGGCUGCGGGAUCGGUUCUCGGGUCGGUUUUUUUGAUGCUAGGUUUGAUCAAUGUGGUUCAAAUCAAACUUGGAAUUUUGGGGUGUGGGAGUAUGCAUACUUAUGGAGCUAUUAUUCCUCUUGUGAUUUUUGUGCCAUUAGGGCUACUUAUUUAUGUUUGUACUGUUUUUUAUGCUUUCACUCGUUAAUUUGAUCAAUGUAUAAUUAAUUAAUUAAUCGAUACAUUUACAAAAAAAAUUAACUAUAUUUUCUAUCACCCCUAAAUGCUAACUUGGACAUUGUAUAAAUAUCUCAAUUUGAUAUUUUAAAGUUUAUUUGUGUCUUC